AGCCGUCUCUCAUCACUCUCUUUUUUUUUUUGGUGGUACUGACCGUCUCCUACUUUAUAAACCGCGACAUUUUGUCCUACUAGCAAAGAAGGGAAGGGUUUUCUGGCGCAGCAGUAGCCAACGAGCUGCGCGGAACAGUGUAGGGCUCGCUUUUAUACCUCUCCUCUUCGUUUUCUUCUUCUUUUUUUAAACUCUUUUUGCUUUGCUGAAAGUUUCGGCGCCGCGGAUAUAUUAGCAGGUGUAUGGAGUCUGCCCUCCCCAGUAGCUUACUUCUGUGUUGUGGUCGUUGCUGGUAUUGUUUUCCUCUGUUCGCUGAAAAGCGUUGCGGCGCACUUCUCCGUACACCUUCACUCUCAAGCGAGAGGUGUGCGUAUGUGUGUGUGUAGGCAGUCGUAGAGACAGCGCUUUGUGACUUCUUGUAUACGUCUGCUUCACUUUUCUUUUUUACAUAACUUUUUCUCUUUUCAAUGACGGAUCAAAAAAGCGCUGAGGGAAACGCGCAUUUCUCGUCGACACCGCCCUUGGAUGGUCGAGAGCCGAACGAUUUCGAUGGGGCAGACGAGCACCACACACGAUCUCCUUCGAGUGCCGGCACCCCUACACCGCUUGGUGCCAGCCCCAGCUCUCCCUUGGUCGAUGUACCGCCCAUGGAAGACGUAGCCACCGGCACGACCCCGGGCGAUGAGGAGGAGGAGGAGGAAGAAACAAACAACGACACCGCCAACCCGCGCAACGGCGUCGAUGAAAACGACACAGCGACUUCGGUGGCAGCGGCGGAUAGUGCAGAUGACAGCCCUCCAUCCGCGAAUCGCAACGCGACGAAGGCGGCGUCACGGAACUCCCAGCCUUCCGCGGAAGCCUCCACGCCAGAUCAGGCACCCACAACAGAGCCGGCGACGGAGGGCGGCGCUAGAGGUGGUAACCGACCAACGAGCUCCUCCACUACGGCGGCAGACGGUGAGAAGCCCGCCACCGCUGCUGCUACUGCUGCUUCUCCAGCAGGUCUCCCCAAGCACCCUGCUCCGGACAGCAUCGUCUUCCACAAAAACCCCGACCGCGACGAUUUCGGCUACAAAUCGCUGUUUGAAAGCGCGACGAACCUGCAGACGAUCGGCUGGGUUCGUGGCGCCUUCCGCACCUCGGCCCUCCUCGCAUUCCCACUCAUGACCAUCGCGGUGCACCCCAACACCAUGUUCCGCCUUGGCUUUCCAGAGAUGCUCAUUGCGGCGGUGGUGUCCACCUCCACCCACCGCGGGUCGCUGGGGGAGCAGCUCGGUCUGCACAGCUGGACCUGGCGUGGCAUCCUUUACAUGCUCGUCUUUGGUACUGUGGUGGAUGUGUUUCAGGUACAGAACCACAAGGGGGCGUGGUACGGCAUGCUGGCGCUGGGCGUCUUCCUGGCGAGUUUGGUCAGCCACGGCAUGAUGCGCCGUUUCAUGUACCUGUAUUUCUUCAUUUACAUGAUGGAGCUGCGCAUGUUCGCCUACUACUUUCAUGCCUUGCCGCUGAACAACGCGGCGUGGAGCGCGGCAGAUUACUACUUGGGCAGCGUGUGGGGUAUUGCAGCGCUGUGCUUCCCCUACCCCAUCCUCACGAAAAGCCUGGUGGACAUGAUCAUGACGAAGAUCUUCGAAGGCCUCGGCAAGAUGUUCAUGGCGAUGGUAACCUUCGUGUGGAUGCCGGACCCACACGCCGCCGUCCUCUUCUUCAACGACCGCUCCCCCUUCAUGAAGAUCGAAGCCGUUCUGGAGGUGAUGCCGCCCCUGCUGUGGUUUGCGAACUGGGAGCCGCUGGAGUUCCCGCUGCGCAACCCGAUUCGCCGCUUGAAGCUGUCCCUGCUGCGUCGCAUCAUGGCGCUGACCUACGCCGCCUUUGGCGCUGGCCACACCGUCGCCAUGCUAGAGAAGAAGCAAGCGGAUCUUCUCGCCAUGCACCGCAUUCGCGUGACACUUUUCCAGGCAAUGCAUGGGAACGACCUGCAGACUAUCCGUGACGGGCCGCCCCGCUCGCACAGCGGCAGCGACGCCUCUCAUAUGGGGGACAGCAAGACGGAGACGGCGGCGGAUGUAGAAGCCGCGCGUGUCUCGAUCGCGGAGCUGCAUGAGAACAGUCGUGGCUACGUGAAAGACUUCGCCCUGGCCGUCAUGCAGGCCACCAUCCGCCUCGGCUCCACCCUCAGCACGCCGGAGCAGCUCCUCAAGAAGGUGCCGUUCGAUGCGCUGCGUGACAAAGACACCGUCAUGCGACGCAACCUGCGGCUGGAGCUCGUGCAGAUGAUGAAGAUACAGAGCGACUUGGUGGCGAAACGUCGGAGCGCCGAGCAGCAAAAGAGGCAGCUGGAUGAGGAGGAAGACGAAGACGACGACGGCGGGGAUGUGGUGUUGGUUGACGACAACUCACCGUUCGGUCAGACACGCCACUACCGCAUCGGCCGCGCCUGCGCCGCCAUCAUCCUCGAGAACGACAGCAUCAUCGACGGAAACAAAAUCUUUCUGCGCAUGAAUACCAUGUUUUUCCACCUGCAGAUGAGCAUGAUCGCGGGGGAGAUUCUCAGCUUUGGGGAGCAGAUGAAGGAGUACAAGCCUACCGAGUCCAUGGGCCGCCGUCUGCUUCGCUUCUUCAUUAUUGAGCCGUGGAACGACUUCUGGGAGGAGCUGUGGUGCCGCGUUGCGUUCGUGCGGCCCUGCGACUACCGCACGGUGAAGGACGCCAUUCGCAUGACCUGCGCCUACCUGAGUGCGACGGCGCUGAACCUCGAGCUGUGGUUGGUGCCCGGUGGACUCUACUUCUUCGGUGUCACCAUCCUUCUCGGCCUGCCGGUGGAGGAGGAGUCGCUGAACAUGGGUGUAAAUCGCAUGGCCGGCAACUCCCUCGGCUGCGCACUCGGCUUUAUGGCCUUCCACAACUCGAACAACCUCGCCCAGCAGCUGGCCAUGGCGCUUUGCUUCACUUUCAUCCAGCAGUGCUGCAAGAACCACCCCGUCUUUGGGCAAACCUUCUUUUACGGCUCCGUCAUUACGCUGGCCGGCCUCGCCACGUCGAUGGUGACGAUGGAGCUCCUCACGCGCAUCAUCGCCAGCAACUACACGAUUGUGGCCUACAUGCUCUGCUGCAUGUUCAUCUUCCCCAACAACAGCAUCAAGAUCUGCUGGGGCUACCGCUGCAAGCUGACCAAGGUGAUGAGUGAAGUCAUCGACGACGUGGCGCUCACACUGCGCAUCCGCCCUGACUGCUACCCCACUCCAAUGGCUCUUGAUGCGGACAACAACGAGCCAGCUUCAUACCCCCACCGCAACACGGAGGCGAUGCAGAUGUGCUCGCAGCUGAACGUGCAGAUGUCCCUCGCGCAUCGUCUACUGGCCAUGUGUGACAAGUGGGCCCCCUUCGCCGCUCGACAACACGUUAUUCGCGGCUCCUCCCCCUUCCCGUCUGCGGCCUCCGCCAUGAUUCAAUUCGCACACAAACGCAUGGUGGCCCAUUUACGGUUGCUGGUGUUUGGCGUGCAGCUGCUGCACCGUCCCCGGUGCGAUCCCGUCUUCCCCGCCACUGCGCGGCUGGUGGCCGGCAGCGUCGCAGACUUCGUCGCGGAGUUCUCCGACUGCGUCCGCCUGCUCAGUCAAGACUUUAUCGACUCAAUUCAGAUCUCGCGGAAGUGGUCUUAUCCGCUUUCUCUGAGUCGCACGAGUCAGCUCAGCCGGAUGCGGGUUCGCCUGGAGGCGAUUCACUCCGAGGGCUACGUCGUCGUGCUGCAGUACUUCUCCAAGGGCACCUUUGGCAUGACACAGCAGGACUUCGAGGAGCUGCGACGCGAAGCCACCGAGCGCAGAGAAGAGCUCGACGCAAGCGAGUGGGGCGAAGUCCGCGUGAACGCCGGAGAAAAUCUGCCGGACUCGCAGCGCAACCUGUCCUUUGCCGAUCGUUUCCUCACCGCACGUCGCCUGGGCGAAACUCUCAACGGUGAGUGCACCCCGGAGGUGCUGGAGAGCUUACAUCAGUCCAUGUACCUCCCGCAGUCUGUUGGCGCGGCGGCCAGCAUGCACGGUGGUGCAGCCUCGUUUGUGCACCGCGCGCCACUGCAGGAGAGCAACGUCCAGCCGAACGAUGCGUUCCCGCUUACGCAGGAGAGCGCCGAGUGUGAGCUGCAUUACCGGCUACACGAGGAGCGCCUCAACGAGGAACGGAUGCGCCAUCAGGAAGACAAGUCGCUGAAAUCGUCGAGGAGGAGCCAUCACGGCGAUGACACCAGCGAUCGGGAGUCGCACCAGCCCUUGUACGAACCCGUCGUGCCACAGAAGACGAAGAGCAGAGUGUCGAAGCUGAUCCUCGUGCCCGAGCAGGGGGCGGAGUCAUACAUUCCCCUUUACCACGGUCCCACCUUCACGUACGUCGAGGACGAGCUGGCGACGGAGAAGGACACGGACUUUGCUGCGAUCAUGACGAUCCUGUGCAGCUGCGAUGGCCUAAUGACGGAGCUGGAGGGGCUGACCGGCCCGGUGAACACCAUCAGCACCUAUCAGAAGCAGCUGCACGAGUCGUCUAUCGCUGUUGGUUUUCUGGACAGCAUGACGGAGAAAAUCACGGCGUACCGACAGAAGAUCUACGAUCGUUAUCACUACCCUAAGGUGCCGCUGCAGAAGCGCGAUGCUCUGCACACGCAAUCCGAUCCGUGGGCCGACUGGCGCUUCUAA